ACAGCGGUUGGGGAAUUUGGGAUUAUUUUUAGUGCUUUUCUAUUAAGUAAAUACCCAAAAUGGGGUUUGAAGAUGGUGAAAUAAGCUUAGACAGCCCAACCGGGUCUUAUUAUGCUGGCUCAACAAUAUACGGCAAGCUUAUUUUCCAUGAAAAUAAUGUUCAACAAUUUCGCGGCUUAUACGUAAAGUUUAAGGGCUACUGUAAGGUACACUGGACAACGACUCACACAAGGACUGUAGAUGGGGAGAGGAGAACCCACCAUGAGACUCACGAGUCAGAAGAAGAAUAUGUUCACCUAAAAGUUUAUCUUCUCGGUGGUGAAAGUGGGGAAUACACUUUACAACCUGGGAGGCAUGAACUGCCUUUCCAGUUUAUUAUCCCGCAGAACUGUCCGAGCUCGUUUGAAGGCUCAAAGGGUCAUAUACGGUAUGAGAUCAAGGCGGUUGUGGACCGCAAGUUCAAGUUGGACCAUGAAAUGUCGAGGGACAUCACCAUCAUAGCCCAGCUGGAUUUGAAUGCUGAUCCUUAUUGCAAAGAACCAAUGGUGUUUGAGUUCAACGAAUCAUACUGCUGCUGCUGCAUCAGCUCUGGGUCCUCGGAGACUGUGAUAAAGCUACCUGCAUCCGGGUUCGUUCCUGGCCAGGUCGUACCUGUUGAGAUUGGCUGCAACACCCUGGGAUCAAGUGUGGAGAUCACUGAGAUCAGCUUCCGUAUUGAGAAGACUAUAACCUACAACGCGAACCGCAACCCCGCCAUAGAGACGGAAAGCGAGAAAUUCGCCAAGACCAUCACUGGCCCGGUCACCUCUGACUCCCAACGUAACUGGACCUGCAACCUCGAUAUACCGGACGUGCCCGUCGGCAGUCUGGACUCCUGCAAGUUCAUCGAUAUACAGUAUAAUUUACUGAUAAAGAUCGUCCCGGACGGUUGUCACGAGGACUCGGAGGACUCCCGUCGCAUCGUCAUCGGCAACAUACCGCUGGCGGCCUUCACGGACCACUCGCAGAACAUCACUCAGAUCAUCACGGGACCCGUCACUAACCAACCCAUGUCCAACGCCCCCAACCCCUACCCCAACCCGGCCCCAUAUCCUGGAGCGAAUCCCCCUUACCCGGCUUCACCGUAUCCGGGCGGAAACCCACCCCCAGGUGCGCCGUAUCCGGGAGCGAACCUACCCUAUCCUGGUGCUAACCCACCCUAUCCUGGUACUAACCCACCAACUUCCUCACCAUACCCCGGUGCUAACCCCCCUGCAACGUCACCCUACCCAGCUAACCCUCCGUAUCCUGGUGUGAACCCCCCCGCUGCAUCACCCUACCCUGCCAACCCGCCAUACCCAGGUGCCAACCCCCCAUACCCAGCGAACCCCCCUUACCCAGCCUCUCCAUCCCAGCCACCGUAUCCUGGUGGAAACCCACCAGCUAACCCACCCUACCCAACUGUGACCCCGUACCCACCAACCACCCAGAUCGCCCCCCCUCCGCAGAAUAUGCCAUACCAGACGAGCCCAAGCCUUGGUCUGAGGACGGGUACCGUUGGCUUCACCGUGCAACCUCCACAAAUGCCGACACCGCCUAACCCACCGGCUGCUAACCCGUACGCCACGGCCAGCGCUCCUCCGGAAUAACCACUCAACUUAUGCCAAGUUAGUAAUUGUAAGCUAUCACAAUCCUCAGAGCUUACAAAACUCCCGGAGAGAAGCCGAAACAUUUGAAGUUGAUAAGAAGAAAACAUAAGCAUAAGAUAAGUACCUAUAGAUAUUUUACAUAAAGUGCAAAACUACAGCAAAGUACAAUAAUACAACAAUAAUUAUACUAAAUACUAUUUACACAAGAACUAAAAUUGUUGUGAUAUUUUAUAUUACAAUUCCUUUAUGAAAGAGUCGCUUCGCUCGCGAUCUGUUUUGUGUUAAUAACAAUUUUUAACUAGAUUCUACUAUUUUAUGUACUUAACAACAAAAAAAAUUCUCAACUCUAACCUAACCCAACCCAAGCAACUUUGCUUGACAUUCAAGCAAAGUUGAUUGGUUGCUGGUUAAGUUGGUUGAUAUUUCAUGAGAAAGAAGAAAUAUAGGUCGUUAGUUAUAAUAA